AUUCCGAUGGUAGUCGCGGGCUACGCGCGCUCUCAGACGCGCUAUUCUUCCGAUACUCUAUCUAUCCGGGUUUGUCCAAGUAUUAUCCGAGUUUCUGAGUCCAAAAUAUGCUGAGCUGAGUCUCCGUGUUUGUUGAUGUGGUCGAAUUAAGUGCGUAAAUAUUUGUGUGAAAUACCGAGAGAUUUACACACACAUACACAAUCAAUGUAAGAUAGACCACCACAAUGCCAAUCGGUAACGUAAGUAAAGACUCUGCGCCCAAGCGAGACAACUAUAGACCACCAUGGGUGAAAGACAAGGACACAGAGGCACCUCCUCCGUGGACUCAAAGGAAACUAAAGCCUGUAGAGUCUAGUAAGGCAACUGGAGAGGCCGAUGACCAACCUACCCCAACAGUAAAAUCGAAACCUGGCUUAAAAAAACAGGCUACAGUUAAAGAAAAAAGUGAAAACGGUGUAGCAGAACCUGCUGAAGAAAAAUUAGUAAAGCCUUCAGCAGCAAAACAAGCAGAUAAGGUUGCUAAACCAGCUGAUGAGAAGCCACGUUUUACUAAGUCAGCACUAAAAUCGGUAGAUAAGUCGCCGAAGUCUGAUGAUAAAGUUACAAACAAUAAACCAACAGAAAAGCCUGCUUUAAGAACUGUUAGAACUAUAGAUGAUAAAGCUAAGGAAAAGUCGGUUACAAUUGUAGAUAAAAAGGGCUCAGAAAAAGCGGGUUCGCAGAAAAUUGAAGAAAAGUCUGAGAAACCUACCAAAAAUGGACCAUCAAAAUUAAAUAAUACAACAACGAUAAAUGAUAAAAAUACAAAUGAUAAAAGUACUACAAACUCUAUUAAAGAUAAUAAAUCAGCCACUAAGGCGAAUGAACCUAAAGUAGAAGAGAAAAUUGAAAGCAAAUCCAAAAUGGCUACUAAGCCUCCUACUCCCCUUGAAAAGACUCCUUCAAAGCUUCCACCUCGUAAACCAUCUUUACAAAAGCAGCCAUCCAAAGACGAGCCUGUUAAAAAAUGGAGGGAUCCACUACACGAACGAGUUAAAGAUAAUAUAGACAAAACUCUCGCAAAUGAAAUUCCAAAAGGACAUACGUUAACGAAGAAUGAAAGUUUAAGAAGUUUACUUAAACCCACACCACCGCCUAUGCCUCCACCGAUGCCACCGAAAAUGCCACCUCCUCCGGAGUUCAAAAAGGCGCCUAUAGACCCCACGAGACUGAAAAAAUUGGAACAACUCCGCAGCAGACCCAGGAAACGACCUGACUGGAGCGACAUGAUGAAGGAAGUAGAACAGGGCAAGAAGCUGAAACACGUCGUUUGUAAUGAUCGGUCAAGUCCAAUUAUCACAAAAACAGCAGUUGUAAAGAACAAAGAUCAAUUUAUAUUUGAAUCAGAGAAACCAAACUCUCAUAAUGAACUCCUAAAAGAAAUUUCUAAAGGUAUUAAACUAAAGAAAGUGAAGUGUAAUGACAGAAGUAAGCCUAAUUUAGAAGGUUUGAGGAAGUUUAGAAGGCAAAUGACGAUAGAAGAGCAAGUGCAAAAAUCAAUGUCUCAAGCUAAUAUCCAGGCAUCGCCUUCAGGAGCUUCUGUUGCUGAGGUUCCCGGAGUAACGGCAGAGGAAGAAGAAAUCGAUGAAAUGGAUGACAUUGAUAAAGUCAGAGAUGAUCUUCAAUCUACAAAACAACUUUUAGCUAUUGAACUUAGAAACAAAGAGGCACAGGAAAGAGAAAAUAAGCGCCUAUUAACAAGAAUACAAAAUUUAGAAGCAGAAUUAGCGAGAGAACGAGCUAUAAUCAGACAAGAACAACACAAAACAGUUAUUUCUGUUACUGAUGCAUAUGAUGAAAGACUCGUCAAUAGUCUUAAAAUGGAAGUAGAAAAGACAAAAGAAAAUGCUGAUAGUUUGGAGAAAAAAUAUUUGGAUGCAGCAGAAGAGAGAGAUACAGCAUUGACCGAAUUAGAAGAAUUAAAGAGAAGAAAUGCAGAGUUAGAAAAGAAACUAGAACAAGCGUUAUCAAGCAGAAUAGAAGAAAUGUAUAUAUCAGAGGAGCCACUCUCCUUUUAUCAAAAGAGGCAACUUGAUUUCGAAAAGCAGUGUAGGUUACUAAACAUAGAUAUUAACUCUCCUGAAGCCCAGGAGUUAAGGAAAGCUUCCAAUAAUGCUAAUAAUAAUAUUGCUAAAGCUGAUUUUGCUUACGCUUACAGAGACGAAGAGGGAAUUAUGCCAACGAACGCUGGUUCGAGACGAUCAAGCCAUGCUAUCAAACAGUUGUCUGUUACUAAAGACGAUAGUUUUGAAGAAGAAGAGGAAUCAGAGGAAGAGGAGGAGGAAAGCGAAGAAAAGAAACAGAAACGAAUGGAAAAAGAAGUACGAAACAUGAGAAACAAAAUACGGCACUUGAAGGAAAAGCAAGACCAUAUGAAGAAAGAAAGAAUGGGCUUUAAGAUGGCAUUAAAGAAUCAACAAGCUGCACUUAAAGAUGAGAAAAAGAAAUACAAGGAAUUAAAACGGGAAGUAGAUAAGAUGGCAUCUAUGUUAAAAGAAGUUGGGUCUGACGAAGAAGAGGACGAAGAAGAAGAAGAAGAAUCUGAAGAAGAAAAGAAGAGCGAAACUGAAGAAGAAGAAACAGAGACCGAAACAGAACAAGAUACUGAAAGUGAGACAGAGAGUGAAAGUGAACCUGAGGAUGCUCCAUUACCUAAAAAGAAAGACAACCUUACAAAGAGGGUGAAAAGACACGAGACCAGGGUGAACGCGUUGAAGAAAGGCAACGCGCUCCUGAUGGCUAAUGUAGACCGGCUGAAAGACGACGUACUGAAACAAAGGGAGGAGUCUGUUACGCUGCAGAAAGAGUUAGAUUCUUUGAUCGAAGAUCUAGAGUGAUAAUAAAUGUGAUGAACUCCGAAGUUACCGAAUAAUUAUUUAAUAAUUUUAUUAUAAUAAACAAAAAUAAAACUAAAUACUAUAAGGAAUCAUACAGCACGAGAUUUACAUAUUUGAAUUCUAAAAAUAUUAACAUAAUGUCAAAAUUAAGGAUGUUAUAUUAUGCUCAUAAUUUAAAAAUACGUUCACUUAAAUAUCCAUUCACUUAAAAUUCUACUUAAAAAUAAUUUAAAUAUAGAUAUAGACGCACAAAUACAAAUAAUAUUGCAGUGAAUUUCUUUAAACAUGGGAAAUUUGAUAAGUAAUUCUUUUAUUAAAAUAUACAUUUUUGUAUUAUGCUUAGGUUAGUAAGUACUUAAUACAAAAAAAAAGCAUAGGCGUAUAUUUCUGAUAAACUACUUUAUGUUAUGCAAGUAUAAUUGAAUUUAUACAAUCUAAGCUUUUAUAAAUCUCUAUACUUAUAACAAGACUAAAUUUGCGCUUCUAUAUAAUUUCUAAAACAUUACAUUACAUACUCGUAUAGAUAUAGAUAGGUAAAUAGUUCAAUAAGUAUUUGCCCACAAUUUCUUCGACCUAAUAUUUAGAUAGACCUUUUGUAAUACUGAUUUUCUGUCCACAUAAUUUGAAAUAGGUAAUGGUAAAUCUUUUCUGUACUAUUAAAUGUUAUUUCUAAAAAAUAUGUAAAUUCAUAAAUAAUACAUCGAUAAACAAUCAAAAUGCUCAAUCAUUUAUUAGUCUUAUCAGUUAUACAAACAGGCAGACAUAUUUGUAUGAGGCUCCUUAAUAUUUAUAUAAUUAUUCAGAUUAAAAAAUGUAAAAAAAUAUUUAUUCUCCACCGUCAAUAAACGGUUACUUAUAUAUAGGCAAGUACGAAAAAAUUUAAUUUUUGUACUUUAUACUAAUUCGUAUAUUAUUAUGUGAUGUGUACAUAAUCCUUUAUUUUAAGCAUAAUUUCACUAUUUAUUAAGUACUUUAAUAUUGUAUUACCAAUAUAUUUUAGUGCAUUAAACUUUUACACCCUG